ACAAAUUAUUCAGUAAACAAUUCAAAUUGACGACGUUUCCCUGGAAGAAAAGAUAUUUAAAAAGUAGCCGUACAAUGGACUCCAUUAAAAAAGGGCUAAACUGUCUCAUAGUUUGAAGCAACAAUAGGUGUUUGAUAGAAUAUAAUUAAACUUCCAGGAGCAUAGUGAAGCAUUAGCAUCAGCCACAGUGAUGAAAUAUUCUUUUUUUAUAUAUAUACAUAAUUAUUAUUAUUUUAGAUCUUUGCUUGCAUAAUGACACACUUUACUUUUCUUUUGACCUCUUUUUUUGAAUGAACCGAUCAGGGCCCCCAGUGUAAAGAUCGGGAUUUGCCACAUCUUACAUAAAUAAUGUUUGUCCAAAAAGAUCAGUGGCUUUAAUGCUGAUGAGGUGACAAACAAACUCAUACACAUCCUGUAAUCCUCUUACAGAACUGGAAAAUAAAGCAGGGAAUUUAACAUAAACUGAGCUUAAAGGAGCAACAUUCAGCUGACUGAAAGUCUCCUACAGAAAAAUAAGAUCAUGUAAUUAAGUCCUGCAGAGCUCCCAAUUAGGCAAGACCAGCAGAGAUGAAAUCAGAGGGUUUUGUGUCACAAAAUUGACGGGAAAAAUACAGUUUAUCCCUCUGAAGGAUUGAUGGACAUAUCUGCUGUCCUGCUGUGACCAAGGUCACAUCUUAAUAGAUAAAAAAAAAGCUUAAUUAGAUACCGCAACUCAUGAUCCAGGAAUCUAGCUCUGACGCAUAAGGAUCAUUGUAAACACACGAUUGGCCCCGCUUACCCCGGGUAAAUAUGUUUAUUGUUCAACCUGCUCGCCAGGAAAGGAGGCUUUGGGCUUCCAGCUCACCCCGGGAUUAGAAACAGCCGCCCCUGCGCACCGAUAUAAAUCCUCCCGGCGCGCCGCGUCCAGCUCAGUCUUUACGCACGAGGCCGGCAGCGCGUGGAGGAAACUAUCCGCGAAGUUGCUGUCCACGAGUGGACUCGAAUAAAACAGUUAUAAGUGGUAUUAUCAGUGUCUUUAACCUGCCUGCUUCUGAAGACAAACGGGACCGUAGGGAUGUCCGUGCUGGGCGCACUGCCGUUCAUGAAGCCGCUGCACCAUGUGCGCUCCCCGGUGCCGCAGGGCCGCCGCCACACGCUGCCGGCCAGCGAGUUCCGCUCCCUGAGUCCGGAGGACGCAAUCAGCGUGUUCGAGAUAGAGAGAGAAGCCUUCAUCUCAGUGUCCGGAGAAUGCCCGCUCCACCUGGACGAGGUGCGUCACUUCCUCACGCUGUGUCCCGAGCUUUCUCUCGGCUGGUUCGAGGAGGGACGGCUGGUGGCGUUCAUCAUCGGCUCUCUGUGGGACCAGGAGAGGCUAACCAUGGAUGCUUUGACUCUCCAUAAGUCUCAUGGAGCCACGGUCCAUAUCCACGUCCUCGCCGUCCACCGGACCUUCAGGCAGCAGGGGAAGGGCUCUAUUCUGAUGUGGCGCUACCUGCAGUACCUCCGCUGUCUGCCCUACGUGCGACGCGCUGUCCUGAUGUGUGAGGACUUUCUGGUUCCCUUCUACCAGAAGUCAGGGUUCAAGGCUUUGGGCCCCGCUGAGAUCACUGUGGGACCUCUCAACUUCAUCGAGAUGUUCUACCCAGUCAGGGGCCAUGCCUUUAUGCGGCGCAACAGUGGAUGCUGAAGGACGGGACUUUGGUUUAAUGUUUCCAAAAACAGGAUGCAUUGACAUUCCUUAAGCCUCGCAUAGUGGAGGCAUGUGAGUGGAGCAGGGAUUUGUCUAAUCUCUGAGUGAAAAAUGUUCAGCAGCCGGUGAGAAGAGAGCCUUCGUGAAGCUGUAAACAAAGAGCUGACCUCCAGCUUUCAGCAACUGUUGGAUACGUUCUUGUUGGCUGGAAACUGUCAAGAUUUGUGCUGAAGAGAGAGAAGUUGCCAUUGGAGCAAAGAGUGCGAGAGGCAACUUCAUGAAACUUUGAAAAACAAAACAUUGUGUGUUUUGAAAGAAAAUGCUGGACACUUAACGAACUGCAAGCUGCCUUUUCUUUCAUCCAGUCCUUGUUAUAGUUCAAACUAUGACUGGGCAAAAAAGCAAAAAAAAAAUAGAUAUCAUGAUAGACAAGAGAUCAAUAUCAAUAGAUAAUACAUCCAGUUGAGUUUUUGCACAGCAUUCUGGGGGAUGUAGGCAGAGGAAAGGUUUUAGCCGCUCAACCUCUAACGGCUAGCUAAGCAAAGUUGGUAGAAUCAACUCACUCACUCACUCUUUGGUUACCUAGCAACAACUUGUGGAGUAAGCAUUAACAGUUUAAGGUUUCUCCUCUGUGGCUCACAACUGCUUAAAAAAAUGGCAUGGAGUGGAAACUGGAUAAAACGGGAAAGGUCGCGUCAUCAGUUUGGCAGUAUUUCAGAUAUUUAAAACAAAAACUAAUCAAUAAUUAUUGAUAGAAAGAUAUGAAACGGUUACAUCGUGACAUGUUUUUCAGUUCCAUUGCCCAGCUGUAGUUCAGACUUUGGAAACUAAAACAUAAAUCCUGAAUGCUGGGUUUUUGAAGCCAAAUUAAGAGGUUUAUACUUUUAUAGAUGAGAACAAAUUUACUGGCACUUGUGAAAAAGACGUGGAAAAAGCCUUACAGUAAACGCCUCGCUCAUUGUAACCAAGCACCCAAUGUGGAGUUGGUUAAAAACUAUUUUACUGUUACUUUUCCCCACAGAAUAAAUAAACUCAAAACUUAUUAUUUCAAACUCUUAAAUUACAUAAUCGUUUACAUCAGUUGUAAUAUUUCAGAUAAAACAUUUAACAAAUCUGUAACAGAUGAGCUGUAAAACGUAACAUCGGUAUUGUAACAGCAUAAAUACAUUGCCAAAGUAAUGAAGGUAAAUUGUAUGAUGAAUGUAAUUAUGGAUGAGUGAUAUCAGCUAUCAAUGUGUUGUUACGGAUCUGAUUGUAUUUUGCUUUUUUUUAACACAUCGGUGUUCCGGUUGGCAAACAUCCUGUAAAUCCAUUUGCCCACCAUCUGUGAACAACGUGUGUAAAAACAGAUCUCAACAGGAAUUAUAUAAUCACAGAACUGCAAAAAUGGAAGAAAAUUGUAUUUUUCCUUGUAAGAUGUCACCCAAUUUGCCUCCUAAAUCCUCAGGGGUUGAAUGUUUUUGUUGUACAGUUUUAUUUUUAAAAUAUAAAGGCUUUAUUUUCUGACU